AUGUUUCUGACAGGACUGCCGCGAUGGGCGACUUUCAUUCUGCUGAUCGCGUCCCUGGUGCUUUUUUCGCUGGGAAUCACCGGUUUCAUUGUCAUACCCAACAUCAUCGGCGAAAAAAUUAGCGAGCAAAUGCGACUCGUUGAGGACAGUCCCACCCUGUCGCGUUGGGCCAAUGUCAGCGUACCGAUAUACUUCUCGGUAUAUGUCUUCAAUGUGACGAACCCUUCCGAAUUCAUGGCUGGAGAGAAGCCAAUAGUCCAAGAAGUGGGACCGUUCACUUUCAUUCAAAAACGGCGGAAAAUCAUCCAGAAUAUCGACGCCGAUUCGGUCAACUACCUGUCUUGGAAGUCCUUCAUCUUCCAUAGGGAGCUUUCAUCGGGCUCGCUCGACGACAUGAUUUAUACGCUCAAUAUCCCGCUCAUAGCCAUGGACAAACUCGUCAGCACAAAAGUUCCGGGAGAUCUGGGAAAAUCGCUUCUCCAGCCCAUCUUGGAAGGUCUUUUGGAUAAGCACAAUGAAAAACUCCUGGUCCACCGUCGCGUGAACCAAAUGCUCUUCGAGGGUUACGAUGUGCCAAUGCUGACUGAGCUCGCAAAGCUCGCCACGGCGUUUAUUCCCGACGCGAAAUUCCCUGCUUCAAAGAGAUUCGGACUCCUAUACAACAAAAAUAACACAGCGGACCAGUCGUUCACGGUCGGAACGGGAGCCGGAAAAUAUCCGUUCACCAAUAUUCUUGAUUGGAAUAACAAUACAGAGCUCGAAUUCUGGGGUAAUGCAGAUUGCAAUAGAAUCAACGGAACAGACGGAGGCCAAUUCCCCCCAUUUGUUCGAACGUCUGAGAGACUUUACGCUUUCGCGACGGAUUUGUGUAGAUCCAUCUACUUCGAGUACGAGAAGCCCAGUGACGUCAACGGAUUAGACACAAAGAGGUUCACGAUACCAGCAUCAAUGUUCGCAAGCGGCAAUCAGAUCGAGGAGAAUCGUUGUUUCUGUGAACAUCCCGACAAGUGUAGAGAAGGUGGAGUGAUCAAUGUGAGCAAGUGCCGUCGUGGUGCUCCUCUAAUUAUGUCGGCUCCUCACUUCUACCUGGGCGAAGACAAGUUGAUCGACGAAUUUGAGGGUCUCUCUCCGAAUAAGGAAAAGCAUGAGACCUUCCUGGACGUAAUGACGAUGACCGGACUCGUCCUGCGAGCCGCCAAGAGACUCCAGAUCAAUAUUGAUCUUAAGCGGAGCGAUCUUAUUUACCCCCUCGAGAACAUCACGGACAGGAUCUUCCCCAUCGCGUGGAUCGAAGAGCUGGUGGAAGUCCCAUCCAAGAGCACCAAUCUCCUCCAGGAAAAAUUGGUCUCUCCUCACAAGAUGGGCAUUCUGGUCAGCUCGUUAGCGAGCUGUGCCGGAGCCAUUGGUGGCAUCGCCUCAAUUCUAGUCUUUGUGGUUCUACAGUCGAACUCGUCGCGUACGGCCAAGUUGUAUCCCGUCAAGUGACGGGUUCGUCCUCCUAAAUGGUCGUCGCAACUCAACUCAAGGCAGCUGCACUCCCUAGCGUUGAGAAGUAUUAUAGGUACUGUUUUCGGAAUGGAAGCCGCAUCAGCCAAGGAAGCGCAUUCGGGAUCGGUGCUGAGCGAGGAUUCUUGAGUGCGCCGGAGCAAUCCCCCCUAUUUAGCGGACCUAGUCGCUCGCAUUAGUCUCCGGGGGCUUCAUCUCCACACGAACUAAUUGUGCGUUGGAUGAAGCUCGUCGACAAUCCCAUGAAGCACUGUAUAGUCUGCAUCCUGCAAUUAGUCAGAAGCACAUGUUCCAAGAAUAAUUCAUCUGUAAAUAAAUGCUGCUCAAUACCAUAGGGAUCACGCAAUCAAUAAAAGCCACCCCUGUCAGGGAGAGUGAAGGAAAUUAC